UCGUCAGGAAACAAACUUCCACCGGUCCGUUGUUUCCAGCCGGCGUGUUUUUGUGACCGCACCAGUCUCGCCCAACAACACAUUAGAAGAAAAGCUGCACAGGUCCGGUCAUGGAGUUUGCAGAGUUGAUAAAGACGCCCAGGGUGGAUGGGGUUGUGCUGCACCGGCCCUUCAUGCCCACCGUGGAGGGGACCCUGUGUCUGACUGGUCACCACUUGAUCCUCUCCUCCAGACAGGACAACACGGAGGAGCUGUGGCUGCUCCACUCAAACAUCGACUCCAUAGAGAAGAGGUUUGUGGGCUCUGUGGGAAGCAUCAUAGUCAAAUGCAAAGACCUGAGAGUGAUCCAGCUCGACAUCCCUGGCAUGGAGGAGUGUCUCAAUAUUGCCAGUUCAAUUGAGGCUCUGUCCACACUCGAUUCAGUGUCCCUGAUGUACCCUUUCUUCUACCGUCCCAUGUUUGAAGUCAUAGAAGAUGGCUGGAAUUCAUUUCUCCCAGAGGCCGCCUUUAAAGAUUUGGAAUCCAUGACAGAUGAGUGGAGACUGAGCGAAGUCAACAAGGACUUCAGUGUGUGUCCGUCAUACCCCCCUCUAGUGGCAGUGCCCAAAGAUGUCGACGAUGACACGCUGAGAAAAGUAGCUACCUUCCGUCACAGUGGCCGCUUUCCAGUACUUAGCUACUACCACAAGAAAAAUGGCAUGGUGAUGAUGCGAGCAAGCCAGCCUCUGACAGGCACCAACGGGCGGCGGUGUAAGGAGGACGAGAAGCUGAUCAACGCCACCCUACGGCCAGGAAAACGUGGCUACAUCAUUGACACACGCACUAUCAAUGUUGCCCAGCAGGCCAAGGCCCGAGGUGGAGGAUUUGAGUCUGAGGCUAACUACCCUCAGUGGAGGAGGAUCCACAAAGCACUCGAAAGGUCUAAUGUCCUCCAGGAGAGUCUGAUAAAGCUGGUAGAGGCAUGUAACGACCAGUCUCACAGCAUGGACCGUUGGUUAAGCAAGCUGGAGGCUUCCAACUGGCAGACUCAUGUCAAGGAGAUCCUCACCACUGCCUGCCUGGCUGCCCAGUGUAUCGACAGGGAGGGAGCGUCAGUGCUCGUUCACGGUACAGAGGGGACAGACUCCACCCUGCAGGUGACCUCCUUGGCUCAGAUCAUCCUUGAUCCAGCCUGCAGGACCAUCAGAGGCUUCCAGGGCCUGGUGGAGCGAGAGUGGCUGCAGGCAGGUCACCCGUUCCAGCAGCGUUGCGCCCAGUCAGCCUAUUCCAACAGCAAACCUCGCCAAGAGGCUCCCGUUUUCCUGCUCUUCCUGGACUGCGUGUGGCAGAUCCUUCGCCAGUUCCCAUGCUCCUUUGAAUUCAGCGAGAGCUUCCUGGUGCUGCUCUUCGAACACGCCUAUGCUUCUCAGUUUGGCACCUUCUUGGGCAACAGCACAGCUGAGAGAGCCAAACUAUCUCUUCCUGAGAAGACUGUGUCCCUAUGGUCGUGGGUGAAUCGGCCCCAAGAACUGGAACGUCUGACCAACCCGCUGUACGAGGCCAACAGUCUGGUGAUCUGGCCCUCUGUGGCCCCUCAGAGUCUGCUGCUUUGGGAAGGAGUGUUCCUUCGCUGGAACCGCUCCUCCAAGUGUUUGGACGAGGCCUACGAGGAAAUGGUACAUAUAAUUGAAUACAACAAAGAGCUUCAAAACAAAGUAAACACCCUGCGCAGGCAGCUGGCCCAGCUGGAAACUGAAGAUCCUCUGUUGCAGACACCAUAAAGGGAGAAAGAGAAAGAGAGAGUGGCGAAAGAAAGGGGUAGAAAAUGUGAAAAUAUAACUAAAUACAAAAAACAAUCAAUGUCAUCCCGGUUUUAGGCUUAGGUUAGGUUUAAAUAUUCUUUUCUUGUUUGAGAAUAUGUCAUACAAACCAUUAUAAUUAUGGAUUUUGGACAUGAUAAUUGCUGUUACAUUUUGGAUUCCUGCACAGAUUUAAAAAAUUAAAAUGGAAUAGCCCUAAAACCAGGUUAACUUCAAACUCAAAAAUGAACCUCUGUUCGAUUUUGCAUUCAUGGGUUGAGAGAGUGUUCUGACAACCGUUUUAGCAGAUUUUACCAUGUUGCGUCAUUGAAACUCAAUAGAAGUGAGGAAAGAUUGAAACCACGAAGCCAGAGUGCUGCUAAAGGCCAAAUACUCAUCAUCUCAUUGUCCUCUGGCAUAGAACUGAAACAGUUAGUCGAUUAAUCAAUUAGUCCAUCAUCAAAAAUAAUUGAGAUAAUCGAUUAAUCAUUUCAGACAAAGAUGUCAAACAUUUGCAGGUUACAGUUUCUUAAAAUGUGAGAAUUUGCUGCUUUUCUUUGUCAUACAUCACUGUAAAUGUAAUAUUUGUGACAUUCGGGACUGUUGGUCCGACAUAAGGACCAAUUCAACAUUUCAUGUACUGAACUUUUAAUUGAUUAUUCGGGAAAAAAAAAAAAAUCAUCA